AUUGGCACUCCCUUUCCCCCAGUAGAGGGAGAAAGAUGGCGCCCACACACGUACUGAGAUGCUGUCAACGGGGUUUAGCAUGGAUACCUGUGAUUUUUAUCGCCCUGGUGGUCUGCUGGUCGUAUUAUGCUUACGUGGUGGAGCUUUGUAUAUGUAAGUAGACGUCCUUCCGCUGGCUGUUUCCUCGUUAGGUCCUUUAAACCGCAGAUGUUUUCAUUGUGCCGCUGCUGUCCACACUAACAUACAGCUGCUGCUGCUGCUGGCCAGCAGGAAGUAAAUGGACUGCAGCUCAACAAUGGUGUUGGCAAGCCUGACCAAAUCCAGAUACUGCUAAUUAUCUGUCCGCUGUCAUCGAUUUGGGUCGUCUGGUUUCUAUGGGGAAUUUGUUUUGAACAAAGGGAAACUUUCACAGAGCUGUUAAUAUUGUAGCAUGGAGUCUUUCUUUUGUUUUUCUGCUGUAAUGAAUGGAGUCUGGGUGAAGACUUAAACAGCUGACUAAACGGCUCUUGGCCGGUUGUCCACAUGAAUACACCCUAAAUCCAGCCUCCCUGUACUGACCUAUUUUACUUAUCAACUCGGGUAAAGUGUGGACUCGUGGUGUAAAAAAGAAUUUAACUGUAAAAAAUGUUGAAAUAAAGCAGAUAAAAAUGAACAUAAUUUGCCAGUGAAUAAUGCAUGUCUUUUAUAUUCAAGAGUUCCUUAACUUUUCCAUUAACCUCCAUUGAAAAUAUGUAGUUUGGUUCAAUGUUGUUGUGCCUUGGUUUUAAUGUGAUAUGAACCACAUUUGUAUUAUCCAUCAGUACACAGAGAAUACCAGCCAAGAAGACACCUUACUUUUUGACUUUUUCUGAGAUAGGCUGAAUAAACUGUAAUAGUGGUGGUAAACUUUCCCCAUAAGUGACUAAAUUCGCCUCUGACUAAAUGGUAGUCAUCAAAAUCCUUUCCAAAUCAGUUUGGAUCAGACAGGAUCACAUUGGCAAAAAAGAGAGACCGUAAGUUCAUUUCUGAUGUAGGACACAGAAAUCUCCUUAAGCAAGUCUAUAAAAUGCUAAAAAAAGAAAUAUCUUUAUUCCUUUUGCAACAUAGGGAUUUGCGAUUUGAUUAAAAGCGUUAAAGAAAUGACUGCUUUAACCUUGAAAUGUAAUAAACACGAACCGAAAUUAGGGAAAGAGACAUGAUAUUAAAAAUAAACAUAUUUUGCUAUGUCGAUUGCUGAAACUUUUUGUGGUUUAUAAAUUUAUCUUCAUUUUUUUUCUCUCUUGCAGUCACCAUCCCCAGUAUAGGAGAGCAAAGUAAGUGUUUUUUGGGAAUGUUUAUUUAAUACAUCAUGAUUGGAAUUCACUGGGCUGAGCCAGUUUGCUGCUAAUUGGGAUAAUCUCUCCGUGCUCUGGUGAAAUAUGCUCUGUACACUUAGAAGGAGAAAAAAAAAGCUGGCACAGAUAGAAAACGUGAUCUCUCAAAGUGCUGUGGUCAGUCAGCUUGAAGCAGAGCAGCUCCUCAUUCAGCAUUAGCUUUUCCUCUCAUUAAUUGAAUUACGCUGAAGUAUAUCACAGCAACAUAUCACGUACAUAUCAGACUGUCUCCUGAUGGCCCUGGUGAUUUUAUCUGUCUUUCCUUCAGUUGUCUACCUGAUCUUCUUCCACCUCUCUUUCAUCAUGUUUGUAUGGUCUUACUGGAAGACCAUCUUUACCAAACCUGCCAACCCUUCCAAAGAGGUAAAACAACCUGAUCCCACUAAGCAAGCUUAAUGUGUCUGUAUUUCUCUAAAUAAAUCAGAUGCAUUGGUAAAAUUGAUCCAUUUUCUGUUUCUUUUUUUUCCUCCAGUUUUGCCUGCCAAAGGCUGAGAAGGAGCGUUAUGAGAAGGAGGAGAGGCCAGAGUCCCAGCAAGAGAUCCUGUGGAGAGCUGCCACCAGUCUGCCUCUGUACACUCGCACAGGAGCAGGAGGUACGUCUGUGUGUGGGAAUGAAUCUUUCUGUCUGUUUGUAUCGCCGCGUUUAAGUAUUAACAGAGUACCAUUGUGUUGGUGUGAUGCAGCAAUCCGUUACUGUGAUCGAUGUCAAGUCAUCAAGCCGGACCGGUGUCAUCACUGCUCCGCGUGUGACAUGUAAGAAGAUCGUGCAUUUCGGACUCCUCCCACUUUAAUUCAAGUUAAAGCAACAUUAUCAUUCUCUGUUGUUGUUUUAAUCUCUACGCUUUUAUUUGAUCUCUCUCUGUGUAGGUGUGUCUUGAAGAUGGACCACCAUUGUCCCUGGUACGUAACAUCUGAAGCACAAAUAGAUAUACUUUACUUCCUGGUUGUGUCAUGUGUCCAUUUUCAUUUCUCUUUUUGGUCAUGUUUAAGCUCCUUUAGGAGUUUCCAUGUCCUUAAAAAUCACAUAAAAAUUAACACUGAUGCCUGAAGAACAAAACCGAUGAUUUUGAGACAAUAAAAUAGUCAAGCUUUUUACCAAUCCCAAAGAGAGAUGGGCUUUAUUUUGCACAAAGAUCUCAUUUGUACUCAAGUUUAAAACAAACACAGGCAGUAGUAGAGAGAGGAAAAUGUAGUUUCAGUCGUACAAUGGGCAUCAUUUUGCACUUUCCAGUCCAUCAGGUUUUAAACAAGGUUACAUCGCUCCCUCCAGUCAUAUUCCAACCAUUGUUGUCCCCCUGUUCCAUAAUCGUAUCAUUUCCUUCAGUUCAGUCCUACAGCUCCCUUCCUUUAUUUCACUUCACAUAAGUAGUGUAAGUGUUUGAGGCUGUCUCUUAAAAUCGAGCGAGCACAGGCUGGUAUAACCCUAAAUGUAAAUCAGAGUUUUAUAACCAAAGCGAGUUUUAUUAACAGUCUAUGCAACCCCGAGAGUAACACAACGCCUCUUCCCUUAUAAAAAUAUCAGGCUGAUAAGAUCUCUGCCUAGAGGAAGUGAUGUCAGUCCUGACCUUUCCUUAUUUUUUUUUUUUGUCUCUAGGGUGAACAACUGUGUUGGUUUCUCCAACUACAAGUUCUUCAUCCUCUUCCUGGCUUACUCGCUGGUGUACUGUUUGUUCAUUGCAGCCACCGUACUGCAGUAUUUCAUAAAGUUCUGGACAGUGAGUAAUGAUGUGGAUGGGGAUGUGUGAUGAUACAGAGGGUCCAGAUGUGGUUGCAUGUGGAGCAUCCUUGGAGUGUGUUGUGCAUGGUGCUGACUGCUCCUCUGUCUUUUUUUUUUCCCUCUGUCCUCUCUGACCUUUGGCCCCACAACCCCUCUCUCUCUUUUUUCGCUCUCUGUUAUCCCCAGUUCUCGCACACUGGUUCAUUGUUCUCUGAUCUCUCUCUUUUUCUGUCUCCCCUCUCCACUAUCCAAACAAUCAGUCACACCACUCACUCAUGUGGUCACAAACACCUCCUCUCUUCUUCCCCUUGAUUUCCUCUCAUCUUCUUUCUCUUUCAUUUCUUUGUUCACUCCAUUCUGGGCACACUUUGUACAGUCACCCACUCUUUCUUCUUUUUUUCUCCCCCCUUUCACCAGACUUGGCCUUGACUUGUAAUUGCCUGCUCUUUACCAAGUGCCUCCUUCCCCUUCCACCUUUUUCUCUCCUGGUGUUGCUAACCAGUCUCGUUUCUGUUUGUACUAAAGCUUUGCCGGAGGAAAUCGGCAGAGAACUGCCCAAAGGUAACCAGCUGUCCUCCAAAGCCUUUAGUGUUGCCGUGCCUCACCAUCGUUGCCAUGGUUUUUGUUGUGAUGUGCGUGCAGUGACGUGGUUCACAUGUCUUCUCAUUCUUCUAUUUCUCUGUCUCUUUCCUUUUCUGUUUGACUUUCUCUCAGAUUUCUCUUUCUUUCCAUAAAUAACCGCAACGUAAACCGUUAUUGAUUCCUCUCUCGCUCUCCUCUUCUCCCGUCUCUUCCCCAGAAUGAGCUGCCAGACACUCACGCCAAAUUCCAUGUCUUGUUUCUCUUUUUUGUGGCGGCUAUGUUCUGCAUCAGUAUUUUGUCCCUCUUCAGCUACCACCUGUGGCUUGUAGGAAAGAACAGGUCCACUAUAGGUAACAAACACGCGCACACUCAACAGAUGUUUCCGCCGUAUAACCAGUCCAGAAAGAUAUCCAUGCACAUAUAUUCAUCCUGAGUUGAUUUUGAAUUUGUUAACACAUAAUUUAAGAGGUUUUCACACUUCUGAGGAUGUAAAUUUGGUUGCACAAUCAACUCUUUAUUUGUGGUUUUUGUUCAUUCCUGUCUCUCUAUGUCCCUCCCAACCACCAGAGGCAUUCAGAGCACCGGUCUUUCGGACGGGCUCUGAUAAGAACGGCUUCUCUCUGGGUUUCCGGAAGAAUAUCGCUCAGGUGUUUGGAGACCAGAAGAAGUACUGGCUGCUGCCAAUCUUUACCAGGUAAAAGAAAAGAAUAAGGAAUUAGAGAUAAGAGGAUAGAGAGUUUGGCUGCCCCAAACCCGAUACCGCUGCAAGCAUGUGUGUGCGCGUCACGUUUGUUUGUGCUGCAGUUUAAUUCCCUCUGACAGCACACGCAGCAUCACACUGAAAGAGUGAAGCAGCACUGAAAGAUCAUGCAGAAACAACACACUAGCGACAGGUGACUUCUUAUUCAUUUGGAUAUUAUUUUUUUCUUCUGUAUUUCUAUGAAUGAGUGUGUUUCUCAUCUGAUAUGUCCAGUUAAGAUUUUUUUUUUUUAGUUGCAAAAGUUUUGUUCGUCACUAUCAGUUAUUUCUCAUCUAUAUGAACUAAUACACUAUUGAGAGUCUGAACAAAAUGUUUUAUUUUGAAGUUGACUGGAUGCUUUGUGCUGUUUCAUUAGUUGGCUCCUGUUUAGCUUGAUGUGUACUGGACAGCAACUCUGCCUAAAAUAGACUUGGCACAAAUUUUUAGUGAGGCAUGGUAAAGACAUAUAUCUGCCAGGUUUGCUGGUGCAUGCUCACUCAAAAGUGACUAAAUCACCUGGAGACACACCACCCUCCUCUGCUGCUUUGUAGUUGAAGGAGUCUUUCCUAGAAUCCAGCUUCCUGCGAGGUGUACCUACUGGAGAGUGUAACACCAUUUUCUCUGUACAGAUGAUUUUGACACAGUGUGUUACUAGAGCAGUCUAAAAGUGGGGGUCUGAGUCAUGAAUGCUUUGCAAAGUGAAACCGACGGGUGAAAUGCACAAUACAUGGAAGUGAAUUUUCAGCUGUGCCACACUGCAGUGGGUCCACAACCAUGAAGCAGUCCACAGUGCUUAUUGUAGAAACACAAGAACCAGCUAGAGUGGGCACUGGAAUGCAGUGCACACGUGUGCUGUGGAAUCAAAACAUGGGCUUAAGCCAUAAGUGAUGUAAUUAGAGUGCUUUUAUUCAUGCAAACCACAAUAAUGAGCCUCUUAGAGAAGAUUUUUAUAAGAACACUCCUAGGCCAGUAAUGCGUCUUACUUUGCUGCUGGGAUAAGUGUGGGUCUUACCUUGCUAGGUGAGACUUAACACCAGUGCUGAUGUUGGGUCUCUGUAAAUGUCACAGAGUGUGGUGUAAAGCCUCUUACCAGAUAAAAUUUGAUGAGAAUUGGCACCGUGUAAGUAAAUAUUGAAAACUGAGACCAAACCACCUGAUAUACACAUUAUAAACGAUAAAAAUAAAUCAUUUUUUAAUUUAAAUAGAACAGAAUAAUAAGCCUUUGUCACCAUAUUUCAUCAUAGUGUUUAAUUUGCUGUGCUCUUGCGGGAAAAAAAGAAUGACAUGCACAUGCAGCACUCAAAACCACAUGCAAAUAGGGGUAAGAAAAUGAGGUAAACAAAAAUAUCUUAAUACAACAAGCUGCAUUUUGUCAAUGAAUCAAUGUUGCAUAAAACAGAUGAUUCAGAUGAGACCUCUUUACUGAAACCUGAGCUUAUCUGGAAGUUUUUGUUAAGCUUGUGAAACACAGGCUGGACUAAUCGUUCACUUACAACAUACAGGAGAUUCACUUCCCGUAACAAACGUACUAAACCAGUCACAUGUUACUCAAAGCCUUCCUCAAAAAGAAGGCAAGGAUAUCAGCAGAACAGACACUUAACAUGAUGAAUGUGGCUUUAGUUGGUCUAAUUGUAGAUAAAAUCUCUUUGGUUGUUUAAAGGAACUUCAGUUGUUUCAAAUAUGUUUCCUGUCUCUGUAUGUUUUCUGCUGUUUAAUCCACGACUCAGUGAGGCGAAACUUGACACCAGUAGGGAAUGAGCAAACCUCUUCCUCCUUUACAACAUCAGGUGAACUUUGUCAUGGUGUCUGUAUGUUGUUCUGCAGGCUGCCCACAUUUAUGUUGUCUCUCUCUUGUCUUUGUGUUCACUGCAGUCAGGGAGAUGGUCUAACGUUCCCUACACGGCUGGUAAACGCCGACAUAGAGCAAGCCACAGUCACCCUGCAGCCUGAGCCCGAUAAAAGGUAAUAAAUCUGUAAUAAAACAUCACCUGACACAUCGCCCUAAAAAGGAUUUAUGUAGUGGAAGAAUUCGUUGAUGCACAUCCCAUUCAGCUCUCUAAUUUGUUUUUUAGUGCUGCUGAAGUCCCUUCAAGCCCCCUCAGCGACUCACAGAAUCGCCUCCUGAGCAACGACCAGCAUGCCAACAACGUUGAAGACCAUCUGGCUAACAACACUCUCAAAUCAGGUGAGCACUACCGGGGAUGUUUUUAUUUCACAGACAAAAUUAACACCCUUGCUUUCCAUCUGUCACCUAAUUAUGUUUUCUUUCCGCAGCUGAAAGUGAAACCAUCACAAUCUCCAUGGAGAGCGAGUCCUAACCAGGUGAAUACGGGUAAACCACCCGAUGUUGUGAAAGUUUUCCUUCCAAAUCCAGAUUUCAGAUUUGAGUUUAAUUGACUGUAUAAAAAGAUGGAGCAGCCUGCUCCACCUCUCAUGGUGUUCACUCUUUUUUUUGUUCAGUGUGUUAAUGCUGCAUUCGAGUUACCUCGAGUCCGAGCUGGGAAUGACGUCACACCCGGGUUACCAGCGUUUCGGUUGCCAAGUCGAAAGAAAGCAAAAUCUGAGGCGAAAACUAGAUGGCUACAUGUACGAAAGUUAUUUUAGCACUUGCUUUGUCCUUGCUUAAAUUCAGACAAGGCAAGAUCGUAGAUGUAGCCAUCUUGUUUCCACCUUUGAUUUUGCUUUCCUUCGACUUGGUAACCGAAACGCUGGUAACUCGGGUGUGACGUCAUUCCCAGCUCGGACUUCUGACUUCCGAGGUAACUCGAACGCGGCAUAAAUGUCCUUGAUUCUACCAAUGAACACAACAACGGAGGAGCAGCAUUCGUCAACAGAGCUGUCAAUCAUAAGGUCACUUCCCCUUUUUGUGGCAUCAAAUCAGUUACCAAAUAACAUUUCUCAAAAGGUUUCAGUAUUAUUUGCCAUUUGAUACUAUUAAAAAAGGGCUACAACACCAUGAAUGACAGCUCUGUUGAUAAAGACGCUCCUUCAUAAGUGUUAGCAGGUUAAAUUCCUCUCACAAAUCUGCAAGAGGAGACCAACCCACACACUAUACAAAGGAGUCAUUGAACUUUCCACAACAGUGAAUGUCUGAUUUGAAUCAACUCACAAAAAUCUGUUCUGCUGCAGACUCUGCAGACCUGAGUUUUUAUAUCAUUAUGUUAAAUGUAUUACAGUGGAUGGAGAGGAGGUGAUGUCGAUAUCACCGCUCCACCAGCUGGUCCGUACUGUGCAGAGUUUGACUUCAAAUGUCAGUGGGGGUUAUCUCUGGGAAUACAGCUGGAGACAGUGGAGAGAUGUCAUCCAUCCUCAUAUGCAGCAUGUGUCAGAGAGCUGUCACCUCAUCCAUCUUUUUAUACAGUCUGAGAUUUUUGAGAAUAAGUCCAUGAGUCAGAGGCCAGAAGGUGUCAAAACUUAGUUAUCACUUUUGAAAAGGUCUUCAUGGUGUGGUCUCUUUUACCUGCCGGGUGUAAUGGCACUUUUGGACAAAUAAAGGCUGAAUGCUUGAAGUGAUCACAGUUCAUGUUUCAAAAUCUCAACCACAGACAUGGACCUUUUCAAAAACUAUCACCAAGUUGUUACUACCUUGAAUGGCAUGAAUAUCAGACUGAAUAAAAGUGUAUAAUUAGACCGACUUUAAGAUAUAAUUCCAAACGUCAGUGAUUUAUCUAAUCCUCUUUAUUUUGUUUCUUCUCUACCGCAGGAGAAACUCCGUCAUCUAAUACGAUGCCUUAAGAAAAUGCAACAGUUUAGUGUGUCACCAUGGCAACAGUCAGACUCAUUCAGAGUAACUAUGGAAAUGCAUAUUUACACCCAUGGUGUUGGCAUUACUCGCAUGCAGUGUCAUUGGCAAACCUCACACCUACCCCCACAGGACAUGUGAUACCAGCUGGUUCCCCCCUCACACACACCGACACACACACACGCUAACAUUCAAUUAGAAGCAUAUUUUCUUGUGUUGUUAAGUUUUUCUCACAGCUGGAGCAUUUACGAUGAUGAGAAAAUUGAAGAAUCCUUGAAAAAUAAGAGCUACUUUUUGUGUUCAGUGCGCCGCAAGUUUUAUUUUUGUUGGCACAAAGCUGCAGUGAAGAGCGCGGAAAAAGCUGGAGCAGUUUGUUUUUUUAUUGGUUUUGAACAUCUCUUUCUUUUUGUUGUUUUGUUUUGUUUUUCAAAGAAAGGCAGUACAUCUCGAGUGGACAGUCUACCUUUGUGAAAUCCUUUUUCUUUUUUUCCCUGUCUUUUAUUUUUCACUCGUAAUGUCGGAGCUUGUUCAUGGUCUGCACCUUUUUCUGAGAUGGAUGUUUCCCGUCAGAACCUGGACUAUCUGACAGUGAAGACUGAUGCUGGGUCUUUGGACGGCGUUUUGGAUAUCAGAGCACAAGAUGGCACAUUUGCACUUUGUCGAUUAUCAAUGUCCAUCAAACAACGUGCUGCUUUCUUUCUCUCUUUCUUUUCCUGGUCCAAAAAGCAUCGCAGGUAACACAGCUGUUGGAUAAGCAUGUGAUUUAUGGCGUUUUGUUUGUUUGUGUGAAUGUGUUAAAGUGUUCUUUCUUUCUUUCUUUAAACUCUAACAGAAAUUAAGAGAAUCAGCUUUUUUGUGUUUUUGUGGCCUACUGAUGUUCAAAGAUGCUGCUUUGAAAUGAACAGAUAGACCUGAGACAUGUAUCUCGUACUGUGCAAUGUGCAGCCUCCAUCACUACCUGUUGUUUUCGUGUCAGUCAUCCUGUUUUUUCUUGUACAGCUCAAUGCUUCAAACUCUACUAAGACAAUACUCAUUGCCAAAUAAGGGCUCUGACCUCUGAACCUGAAGUGUUUACAACAUCGUAGCUUUAUCCUCACUGGCCAGUGUCAUCAUAACCAAAUUCUAUUAACUUGUCUUUGUGGCACAAUAUUUUAUAGAAGUCAGUUCUGUCCCUCCUGCCUGUCAUAGGCCAUGAUGUCCUUGUAUUACAGCUGUUGGCCAGCAGGUGGUGACGUGUUUUUUGCCAUCAUUUCAAACUUCCAUUAUGUGGCUCAGGGUUCAAUUCACUUUUAACUCACAAGUUCAGCUUUUUUUAGAACUAGAUGCCUUGUUUAAUAUUUACUCAGUGUGUAAUCUUUUCCUAUACGUCUCUAUUAAUCACCCGUAUUUAAUUUGAAAGUGAAAGUGAAUUGAACCCAGCUGAUCUACUGUAAAAUUAGAAGUGUAGACUACUCUCUGUUAUCUUGAUCUUCUCUGUUUCAGCUGGGAGUUGGCUGUUCUGAUUGUGUCGUAUUCAAAGAGUUAGUGGUAAAUCAACAGGUGUGUUGUCAGCUGUCAGGGUGAAGCAGCCGGGAUGUGACAGUGAUGCAGCAGGUACCAUGAACUCUCUAACAAGCAUUUCAAAAGUAUAAGAUGACCCUCCUCGUGCAUAUCACCGUUUUUGUCGGUAUAACCAAAUAACAAGUAUUCAGGAAUGAGUUCACUGCUUUUUUAAGGAAUUUUGUUACUUGUAUGCAACUUUCCAGACCAUCUGAGCAGCAAAUUCCUGGUUUCUGUAUCAAAUCACAUCCCCGACUGUUGCCCAUUGAGCCUCCUACUAACUCAGCUCCACCAGCCUCUGGUGAAGUAUAAGUUUACAGCUGUUUCUCUUGUGUAGAGUGGAUUAGUGGUGUUGUAUGAUGUUUUUAUUGGUAAUAGCUGUCACCGUCGUGCUGAAUGUACCACAGAUGAAGCAGGCAGGGUAUUUAACUUUGACAUAGGGUUGAAAACAGCUGGCUCUUUAUGUUUACGUUUCAUCCUCCCAAUCAUGUUUGAGCCCAAGUGUAUUUAUAAUUACUUUCUACCAAGCAGGUGUUAAAUUGGAGGAUAUUUGUUAUUGUUCGGAUAACGGUGGCCAAGAAUCAGAAUCACACUGUGGUUUGAUCUCAGUUUAAUACAGCGAAUUACAGUCAGAGAUCACGAUCCAAGCCAAGGUUUUGUUCUAAUCAUGUUAAAAAUCUUUUAACCUCACACUUAAACAUUUGGUUAAAGAAAAAAGACAAAAAAAAAAACACUGUAGUGUGUCAUCUGGUUCCUUCCACUUGUCACCUACGGCCACUGAUUCUGAAACAUUGGACCUGUUGUCUUGUUUUACAAAUUGCCUAUAUUCUCUCUGGGCUGUUUGGUCCUGAGACUAAAGUGCGCGUGUGUGUUUUGUAAUGCUUAAUGGAGUGUUUUUUUGUAAUAUUGUCGUCUUGGCAGAAAUGCUUCUGUGCAGCCAUGAGAUUUUUACAUAUCUGUGUACAUAUAUAACGUCUGACUAAUGCUCAAAAGCAUGUCGCCUAACUUCUGUAAAAAACGUGUUUUACCAUGAGAAUCGUAAGUACGGUAUCGAAACAGACUUUAGGGUUUUUUCAACUAUUGCUAGGUGCAUCAUGUUUUAAAUCAGCUUUACUCUGGUCUGUCUCAACUUUUCAAAUGAAGCCAUAAAAACUCCUGUAAAAACAGAGCAAGGAGUUUCAGCCUAAUUUCAGCCUUUUUUCUUUAAACUGACAAAAACAUUUUACGUCUGUACUCACGCUGCAGAUGUAGCCUAUCACAACUUGCUUAUUGCGACCUUUUGGUUCCUUUUUGUUACGAUAUCCUAUUUUACAAUGUGUGUAUAUAUAUUGAUAAUGUAAGAAAAAGACUACAUAUAUUUUUCUUGUCUGAUUAAUUUUACUGUUCCUAUUUUGUGAAUGAAGUACAUGCCUCCACACAAUUAACGUGAAAAUAAUAAAUGUUUUUUUAAAACUCCA